UGUCAGUUUGUCACUGUUUGUGGUAAUCAAGUCGGUUGUCGUUGAUAUUUUUGGAAAUUUCUUUUUUCUUAACUUCUUUGGUAUUUAUCAAUUAAUCUGAUGUCGAUCCCAGAAAUCCGAUCAUGUCCACGAACGCCGUUCUCCCUGACGGUGGCAUUCCUGAGCCUGUCCCGGGAAUCAACGGAAUUGUCGAGUUUGUGAAGCAGUCACUGGCGAGUGGGGAACUCGCUGACGUGCGUUUUAAUGUGGGUCGCCAAACCGGUCUGGUUAAGGAUUUCUCUGCACACAAGUUCGUGUUGGGCUUUCGGAGCACGGUAUUUCGGACCAUGUUCUACGGCAGUCUGCCUGAGAAGCAUCCCAGUGCCAUCGAUAUCCCGGAUCUUCAACCGGACGCUUUCGCCAUCAUGCUCAGCUUCGUGUACACCGACGCAGUGGAUGGUCUGAGCGCUGACAAUGUUUUCGGGACGAUGAAGUGCGCCGAUAAAUACGAUUUGCCGCAGCUUCUCAAGAUCUGUACGGACUUCGUCGUCGACCAGCUGAAACCUGAAAACUGUCUGACGACUAUGAAACUGGCACUUGACUGGCAAGCGGAGAACAUCGUGGAGAAGUGUCUGGCUCUGGUGGAUACGAAAACUGCAGCGGUUCUGUGGUCGAAGGAAUUUACGAAAAUCUCGCGAUCAAUGCUGCAUACGAUUUUGCAGCGCAGCGAGCUGUCUGCGGAAGAAAACGUUAUCUACUUGGCAGUUGAACGAUGGGCAGCAGCGGCGUGCGCUCGUAGCUUCAUGGAUGCCUCGGGUGCAAAUCGCCGUAAGGUCUUAGGUGACGCUUUAUUUCUCGUCCGCUUUCCGCUGUUGGGUAACGCCCAGUUAGCUGAUGGCCCCGGCAAGAGUGGCCUGCUGACGGAAGCGGAGAUGCUGAACUUGUUUAUGUACCGGAAUGCCGCGGUGAAGCCACACACCCCGUUUCCCACAGCACACCGACGAUAUCCCUUCCGAGCGCCUUCGAGCCGGCCUCUGUUUUCUCUUAGUGGCGGUGGCUUGAAACGAUCGGCGGGAUCCGUUUGGCCGUGGCCGGAACCCGUUGGCGUACCCAGCCUGUUCGCAGCAAAGCGUCGAUGAAAAUGGAUGUUGUGUGAGGCACACUGUUGUGGUCAAUUGGCGUUUUGUUGCCGAUUGGGAUUAUGGAAUACAGAGGCUUUCUCGAUUUUUAUGAUUCUG